GAAAAGAAAGCAGUAACACACAAAAUCUGUUUUCCAGUGUUGCCCCUCUACCCUCAAAUGACGAAAAUCCCCACGUUUUCUUCCAGAAUAUUCUCCCCAAAAUCCAAAUUCAGCACCCACCACCAGAGUCUCAGAUGCAAAAGACCAACAAACAAAAAUUAGAAAUAGAAAUAAGAGAGAGAGAAAGUAUGUGUUGUUUGUUGUUUUGAGUUGUGACUUGUGAAUGUGUGAGCCACCAUUUAGGACCAUACAUACAUACACAUACAUAGUAACAAUACACAUACACAUGCGUGCUGAAUAAGCCAUUCCCCGUAAUUCCAAAAUUCUACAUUUAACCCUAGAUCUUCAUCUUCAAGCUCCUCCCUUUGCGUCACUCUAACUCAACAAACUCCCUCACUCUCAAUUCCCUCCAUUGAUAGAUCUCUCUAAUUUAACAUUUUUUGUUGCCACGCCGAUCUUGUAGAUUUCCACAACAAAACCCAUUUUUUCCGAAAUUCAAUUCUUUUAAUCCUUUUUUUCACCUGAAUAAUCAUUGAUGGGGCGGUCUUGUUUCUAACCAAGUUUGCUGCUUUUCGCUUUCUUCGUUCUGAAUUCUGCAUUUUAUUUAGUGGGGUCCUCUUGAAUUGCGCUUUUUUUGUGCGAUAAAAACUGAUUGUUUAUUUUAUUUUUUAUUUUUUUACCUAGAUCUAGUUUGUGUUAGGGUUAUGCUCUAUAUUUGGUAGUAGUGUAUUGUUGAUAUUGAGUUCUCAUGGCAAUGCCAUCGGGAAAUGUGGUAGCACAGGACAAAAUGCAGUUUCCUAGUGGUGGUGGUGGUGGUGGUGCCGGUGCCGGCAGUGGCAGUGCUGGUGGUGAGAUCCACUACCGCCAGCAAUGGUUUGUUGAUGAGAGGGAUAGCCUUAUUGGCUGGCUGCGAAGCGAAUUCGCAGCUGCCAAUGCGAUCAUAGACUCCCUUUGUCACCAUUUACGUAUAGUUGGUGACCCUGGAGAGUAUGAUAUGGUCGUUGGUGCCAUUCAGCAAAGGAGGUGUAAUUGGAAUCAGGUGCUGCUUAUGCAGCAAUACUUUUCGGUCUCUGAAGUGGUUUAUGCGCUGCAGCAAGUGGCGUGGAGGAGGCAGCAGAGGUAUAUGGAGCCGGUUAAAGUGGGUGCAAAGGAAGUUAGGAAAUCUGGUCCAGGGUACAGGCAUGGGCAGAGGUUUGAGUCUGCAAAGGAAGGUUUUAAUGCUAGUGUAGAGUCUUAUAGUCAUGAGGCAAAUAUCGCAAUUACCGGAGCCCCCGAGAAAGGGACUCCAUUAACUGAAAAGGGUGAAGAACUUAAAUCUGCUGGUAAGGUUGGAAAGAUAGAUGAUAAGAGUUUAGCAUCCACUGAGGAGAAGAAAGCAGAUGCUAUAGCAAAGAAUCAGACCGAGGGCAACUUGAAGGGCUCAGGGAGCUCACAAGGAUCCCUGCCAAAUUCGGAUUCUGAAGCUGUGGUCGUAAAUGAUGGACUUGCAUCAAAUUAUAAAGGGAAUGAGUCACUUUCUAUCCAAAAUCAGAAUCAGAGUCAAAGUCUUUCAACAUUAGCAAAAACUUUUGUUGGCAAUGAAAUGUUUGAUGGGACGAUGGUGAAUGUGGCUGAUGGACUAAAGUUGUAUGAAGAGUUAUUUGAUGGCACUGAAGUUUCAAAACUUGUUUCACUGGUCAGUGAUCUAAGGAUUUCGGGAAAAAGAGGACAUUUUCAAGGGAGUCAGACAUUUGUGGUUUCAAGGAGGCCCAUGAAAGGGCAUGGAAGGGAGAUGAUUCAGUUGGGUGUUCCUGUUGUUGAUGCACCUCUAGAAGGAGAGAAUAUGACCGGAGCCUCAAGAGAAAAGAAUGUAGAACCUAUCCCUUCCUUGUUUCGAGAAAUUAUUGAGCGGAUGGUUGCCUCACAAGUUAUGACUGUGAAGCCUGAUGCUUGUGUUGUGGAUUUCUUUAAUGAGGGUGAUCAUUCACAGCCCUACAAUUGGCCGCACUGGUUUGGAAGGCCCGUUCAUGUUCUCUUCCUUACAGAAUGUGAAAUCACUUUUGGGAGAGUGAUCACCACGGAUCAUCCUGGGGAUUAUAGGGGCACUCUCAAGCUUUCUCUUUCCCCUGGGUCAUUUCUGGCUAUGCAAGGGAAAUGCACUGAUUUUGCCAAACAUGCUAUUCCUUCUUUCCGUAAACAACGCAUCCUUGUUACUUUCAUCAAGUCCCAACCGCGAAGGUCCCCCCCUUCGGACGCCCAGCGUCUUGCUUCGCCAGCAGUAUCUUCUCAUUGGGGUCCACCGCCAAGCCGAUCCCCUAACCACAUGCGUCAUCAUGUAGGUCCUAAGCAUUAUCCUGCAGGCCAGACAACUGGAGUUCUGCCAGCUCCACCCAUCCGUCCGCAAAUUCCGCCACCGAAUGGUAUGCAGCCGCUGUUUGUAGCUGCUCCAGUUGUCUCUGCCAUGCCAUUUCCUGCACCGGUACCAAUUGCACCAGCUUCCACAGGAUGGACAGCAGCCCCUCCAAGGCAUCCCACUCCUCGAAUCCCUGUGCCUGGCACAGGAGUCUUCCUCCCUCCACCCGGGUCAGGUAAUCCUCCUCCACAAGUACUUGGUUCUUUGACCGAAGUGAACCCAGGUUCGGAAACUCCAACCACUUAUGAAAAGGAAAAUGGGAAUUCUAAUCAUAACAACACAACUUCACCGAAAGGGAAAGUGCAGAGGCAGGAGUGCAAUGGGCAUGUGAAUGGAACUGAAGAAGAGAAAGCUGUAGAGACAGAGCAAAAUAGCAAUGACAAAACUGUGGAAAGCCAAUGAAGUCAGGCGUAUCUGCAGGCUAUAUAGAGAGAGCGAGAGUGAGAGAGGAAAAGCUUAUCAAAGGUAAAAGGGUAGGCUGCGAACUUAACUUGAGUUUGAAGCAAAUGUAAAGCGCGGCGACAAAGUACUGCAAAGCAAGCAAUGGAGAUAAGGGAAGGAGGAAGAACAUUUUUUGUUCUCUUUUGAUACAUCCUUUCUUUGCUCUAUUCCUUCCUUUUGUUUUUUGUUUCUUUGUUUACUUACUAUAUUAUUAAUUAACUCUUACAUUGCAGUAAGGAAAACACCAUUCUUAUUUUUAA